GUCGCCGGCGGGCCGCAGGCAUGAGAAUCAGCCGAUCCCAACUGAGCUCCAAAGGGAAGCUGUGACGCUCCAGGGGGCAUUGGAGUUUGAUGACGCUGGAGGUGAAGGUAUCUUGGACCACCAAGACGAUGAAUACCGAUGGGCCGGUGUAGAAGACCCCAAAAUCAUGAUCACCACCUCUCGAGACCCCAGCUCUCGGCUCAAGAUGUUUGCCAAGGAGCUGAAGCUGAUAUUCCCAGGUGCUCAGAGAAUGAACCGGGGUCGUCAUGAAAUGGGUGCUCUUGUCCGUGCUUGUAAAGCUAAUGGAGUCACAGAUCUGCUGCUGGUGCAUGAGCACCGAGGGACACCAGUUGGCCUCAUCGUGAGCCAUCUGCCCUUUGGGCCUACUGCAUAUUUCACACUGUGUAACGUGGUGAUGCGGCAUGAUGUUCCUGACCUUGGCACUGCCUCAGAGGCCCUCCCCCAUCUUAUCUUUCAUGGUUUCUCUUCUCGCCUUGGACAGCGAGCCUCAAACAUUCUCCGAUACCUUUUCCCAGUACCCAGGGAUGAUAGCCACAGAGUCAUUACCUUUGCCAACCAGGAUGAUUACAUUUCUUUUCGGCAUCACGUGUACCGGAAGCCAGAUCACAGCACAGUAGAGCUGACAGAAGUGGGGCCCAGAUUUGAGAUGAAACUAUACAUGAUCCGCCUGGGCACGCUAGAGCACGAAGCUACAGCAGACGUGGAGUGGCGUUGGCACCCGUAUACCCACACAGCCCGAAAGAGGACCUUCCUCGGUGUUUAGGAAAGAAUUGACAAGACCAGCACCAGAGCACACACUGGACUACAGGCCAAGACGAAACCUGAGGAAACCCACCUUGCCUGGGGAGAGGCCAGCUCCACUGCUGUCAUUAAAGUUACUCAUCUCCUGCA